AUGGGGGUGGUACUUGUUAAAGAACAGGAUAAUGUACAAUGGCCAGUAUAUUUCUUCAGCCACCUAUUGAAAGGGGCUGAGUCUCGAUAUACGACCCUGGAAAAAUUGGUUUAUGGAUUGGUUCUCAUGGCUCGGCUAUUAAGACCAUACUUCCUGGCACACCCUAUCACAGUACUGACUAAUAGCACCAUGGGCAGAGCUCUGACUAACGUGGAGGUAGCAGGUCGACUUAUCAAGUGGGCAACAGAGCUAGGAGAAUACGACAUACAAUACCAGCCACGUACAUUCAUCAAAGCGCAGGCAUUGGCAAACUUUUUAACAGAAAUCCAUCAGACUAACUUUGAGGAAACUUGGAAGAUCUACGUAGUUGGGUCAGCAAUUCACCAAGGAAGCAGGGUCGGGGUUCUGUUGAUAUCUCCCCAAGGGGAUAUACUUCAGUUGGCUGUCCGGUUGAAUUUUCGAGACACUAACAAUGAGCCAGAAUAUGAGGCUUUGUGGGCAGGGUUGCAGGCAGCUUGGCACAUAGGGGUUGCCCGGGUAAUCAUUUACUCAGAUUCCCAGCUAGUAAUUCAGCAAGUGGCCGACAACUUUGUGGUAAAUUGUGAUAAGUUACAAGCAUACCUGGAAGCGUAUGAGAAGAUAAAGGAAGAAUUUACGGAAGUUACCAUGACUAAGAUCCCCAGGGCAGAGAAUGAGAAAGCGAAUGAGCUGGCGAAGAUGGCCAGUUCCCUAACUACCUGGGUGUUGGACAGGUCAACAGCGCAAACUUUCCUUAUAGCUCAGAUAGAUCUGCAGAAUAAUAAGGAAACAACCAUUGAUUGGCGGGCACCCUUGAUCAGUUAUCUUCUACAAGGUGCCUUACCGACUGACCCAGAAGAAUCACGAAUGAUCAGGAAACAAGCUCAUGCCUAUGUCAUGAUAGGAGAUCAACUGUACAAGAGGUCCUUCUCUAGACCCUUACUCAAAUGCCUGGGUAUGGAGGAGGCGGAUCAGGCCUUACGAGAAAUACAUCUGGGAUGUUGUGGUAGUCAUGUGGGAGGUCGGACAUUAUCUCGCAGGGUGCUCCUGGCCGGAUAUUUCUGGCCCACUUUACAGAGGGAUGCUCAAAUGCUGGUAAACACCUGCCUAUCAUGUCAAAAACAUCAGAAUCUGACGCACAGACCAACUGCCCUAUUAAAGACAUCCAUAGUCUCGUGUCCCUUUGAUCAGUGGGGUGUGGAUAUUGUAGGACCAUUCCCAAUGGCCCCAGGCCAGAAGCGUUUCUUACUGGUAGCCGUAGAUUAUUUCUCCAAGUGGGUGGAAGCAGAGGCCCUGGCCAGGAUCACAGAAGGGGUUGUCAUUCAAUUUCUAUAG